AUGGUUAUUGUUAUGUCGUUUGAUUCUCUGCCGGCAGAGCUCAGGAUUCAGGUCCAAGACGUGAUUAACGCGUACCCGCCCGCCGAGGAGGUGUUCAGUGCCGUGCUGGACCAUACGGCGGGGGCCAAGCGGCGCAAGAUCGACGCCGACGCCGACAGUCUGCCCGCCUCUUUAGCCGGGUCGCACAUCGUGUUACAGAUCCCAGACCUCUCUGUCCAGUCGCCGAUUCGCAAGAAGCUCAACAUCGUGUUUGGUUGUUUUGCCGGCGAGCGCAAGGUGUUCCUCGCAUUGACCAAGAACCUCGAGUCGCGGCCCGAGCUGCUCAUCACAGACCUAUCUGAGGCCAACAUCCAGUUCGCCGUGGUGCUGGACGUGCCCGAGAAAAAACAGUUCAAAACGCUGCUCAUCACAUACGGCGCGAACCUCGGCCAGCUGUACAAGAACGACCCGAUUCUGAUCAAUUUUAACAACGACGAGCUGAGCGAGCAGUUUGGCCCGUUGCUCGAGAAAACCGACCUGACCGGAUUCCUGCAACAGCAGUUCAGCACGUUUGGGUUCAAGCUCGUGCGCGGUUUCGGCACAGACUGUUUCUUUGUGGACGCGUACAAGGGCUCGAAAGAAGGGUACUUGUACUUCCUGCCGAGCCACGUGAUUUUCGGGUUCAAGAAACCGAUCUUGAUCUUUGACUCCACCAACAUAGAAUCCAUCACGUACACAUCGAUCACGCGACUCACGUUCAAUGUGACGCUGACGCUGCAGUCCAACUCCGAGCGCCACGAGUUCUCGAUGAUCGACCAGAAGGAGUUCGAGAAAAUCGACCAGUACGUCAAGAGCAAGGAGCUGCGCGACCGGUCCAUGACGGACGAGCUCAAGGCGCAGCGACAGCUGAAGAACAACGCGGACGGGCCGGGCGCGCUGGCGGAGGCGGCCAAGCUGGUUCCUGGCGGCAACCAGAUUGUCGGCAAGGACGAGGACGACGAGGACGACGAGAACUACGAAAGUGGUAGCAGCUCCGAGGAGGACAGCUCUAGCGGGGAGGAGGAGGCAGAAGAGGAAGUCGAGGUGGACGAUCUCCAAGCGGAGCUCAACAACUUGCAGGAGGACUACGAGGAGUUCGGGUAUAUCGACUUGGGCAACGAGAAUGACCAGCAAAGCCCGCUUGGGUGA